AUAUUCAUCAUUGGCGGCCAUGGAAACUUCAUCACAGCCUAUCUCCGUUGAAAGCUUUUCAUACAGUUGGUUAGUGAACUUAAAGCCUUCUCUAGAUGGUGUAGACAGCUCGCUUCGAGGUUCGCUCGAUGCGUACGACGAAGCGUCGUUCAUCGAGAUGGACCCGAGGAUGCCGCCUUCGAGGAGAUUCUUCCGAAACUCUAAUGAUUUUAAGUUUGAUUUCCCCAUUUCACAGUCUCCCCUCGCCCUUGUCCAUGCCGAUGAACUCUUUUCCGAAGGUCGUGUCAUGCCUUUCUUCAUCAACAAUUCGAAAAAGAUAGAGGCCUGCGACGUCUCCGGUCCGACCCCGACGCUGCCUACCGCUCCACGUGCGCCGGACCUCGAUGUUCCGCGAUGUAAAACGAAUCGUCACCCUUCUUUGAGAAGGUGCCGAAGGUUAUCCAAGCGGAUAUUUUCCAAGUACUUCAAUUUCCUUCGUCCCUUAUACCGAAGUGUUUUACAACGAAGCAAGUCGAGUGGUACUAGAGCCAAUUGUGUUGAUCCAAGAGGUCAUGUGAGGAAGAACUGGCUAUAUUCGACCACCGGAACAUCCCCUCGGAUCAGCGUUGCGCACUCGGCCGACGAAUGGCGAAAGUCGUGUGAUUCCGAAAGCUCGAUCUACGAGGCAGUCCUCCAUUGCAAAAAAUCAAUCGGAAAAUAAAUGGAAGAGAAAUACUACAGCAAAGCAAUAUUUUAGCGAGCGUAAAGAAAAUCGACUGGCAACUUGUUAUUUGUCCUUGUUUUCAGCUGUUCUGACAUUGACAAUGUACAUUUUUGGACCGUACGGAUGGUAAAACUUGUAGGGGCUCACAACUUAAAGAACAUCUCUCCAUUUCUGUGAAGUUUAAAUUUUCUGAAUACAAUAAAGGACUUUUGUUUCA